AUGAAAAUCUCAAUGUUUUUAGUUCAAGUAAAAUUCUUGUUCUUCAUUUCAAAUUUGUGUAUUACUUAUUCUCUAAAUAAUAUGACCUCAUUCAAGCUAACUAAUAAUGAAUACUAAAAUACUUUCGCUGUUACUAGCUCUUAAUCUAGAUUUCAAGACUAAAAGAUCUAAUAAGAAUCAUAUUUUCAAGAUGAACAUCAAACUUUAAAUCCAUUUCAAAGCUUCAAUAAGAGAGUUCUAGCAACAAAUACAUGCCCUGAUUAUACAAUAUAUUUCCCUGUAUUCUUCGGAUUAUCAGCUACUUCUUGUAAUGAGCAUGUUUUGCAAACUGGAUUUAAUGUUGAUGUCAAUAAUAAUCUGAUAUCUUCAGGUUAUGUGUCUUCUACAGCUGCGGCAAACUGUAGUGAAAUUUACGGCCCCAUAUUAAAUGACAAUUAUGCCUAUGCUUUUCUUAAUGCAACUAACUCUCUAAGAAUAAUAAGAAUUGCAGCAUCUACUGGAGUUUAGGAUCUUGAAAAAAACUUUGACUUCGCAAGUGCUUCUACUACUACUUUUAGAAUAAAUUAACUUGUCUAAGUUUCUACUGAGACAGAUAUCUACGGAUAUAUGACGAUUUAAACAUCGUUUUUCGCGGCAUCAUCAGAUUUUGAGGGAAUUUUAAUGAAAUUGAAUAAAGAUCUGGUUAUCUAAUGGUUUUAAAGAAGUAGAGGACAUUCAAGUGACUAUACCUUCUCUAUAGAUGAUAUUUGUGUCACUUCAAAUAGUAUUUGGACUUUAAACUUCUAUUAUAAAGCCUAGUUUUAAUAUACGAAUUCUGUUUAGAAAAUUCAAAAGUCAGAUGGGAAAGUCUUAUAAGAACUAAGGUGGGCCAAUUCUGCUCCUACUGUCAAUAUAGGCACAAUUGUACUCAAUAAUGAUGAAACAAAAUGGUAUACGGUUAAUUAUGGUUCUUCUAAUCUUCUCACUCAUUAAGCUGGAAAUACAGCAUCUAACACUAUGGUGGCUAAUUUUAUGACUGGAUUAAUCCUAAAAGAAGUUAAUUGUCAUAUUGUAAUAUACAAGCUGGGCUAUGAUUUAAUUUUCCCAUCGGAAAAUUGUGCUAGUGCUUCAACAACAUCAGUAAUUGGCUCAACCGCGAUAUCAAUGAUGGUUUAAUCUUCAACAAAUCCCUUAUUUCCUGUAGUUUCAGAGGCAUCGGAUACUUCAACUGCUAGUUGCAUGCUUCCUUAUGAAUCUUUCCCAAAAGAAAUAAUUUAUGAUUUGAACACUGAUGGUGGUACAGCUAAGGAGAUUGGCCCCAUUUCAGUUACUUCAUGCUCUGGAACAGAAUAUUCAAUAACUGGUUUAUAAAAUGCUGAUGGAACAGCCAUUACUGGGACAUAAAUAACUUAUGUAUCUGCUACAAAGAGUAUUAAGAUAAUGCUGUUGGCAGCAGACUAUGCAAAUUAUGUUGGAUCAUUUUAUUAUAGGAUUGGAGCAUCUUAUUCAGAUGUUGUUGUAUAUACUCAAUUAUAAAUUACAGUUUAGCCACUUACUAGCUAUGUUCGAGAUCCUUAAGUUCCUAAUCAUGAUACUUCAUCAUGUUUUGACAAGACAUACCCAUUUUUUUAUGGGCAUACAUUAGAUGUUAAUCUCUAGGAUUUUAAAAUUGACAAUUUUGGGAAUUUCUUGAUUGCAGGAAGUGGCAUUAAACCUCCAUUUGGAUCUGGUGGAACUAUCGAGAAUGGAUUUUUGAGCAUGAUGGAUUAAAGAGGAAGUCCUUAUUGGACGUAUAAGCUUAACACUUUAUAAGAUACUACUUCAGCUUAAUAUUGCUACUAAAUUGUUUAAUCAUCAGAUUAUGUUUACGGACUCUGCUAAUCAAAAGCUAGUAUUAACACCGGUCUUGGAGCCGUAGGAAUAUUAAUAAAAUUAUAUCAUAACAAUGGCAAACUUAUAUCUACCAGAUUAUUGCCAGAUGAUCGAUAUCAACCUUAAAAUUAACUGCCACUUUUCAUAUAAGUUAUAAAUACUAAUAGAUUACUUGUAAUUUAAAGAUACCAAUCAUCAGCUGGGGCAUAAAAAUCUUUUUCUGCUUUUCUCUUUGAUGAAUCUACUUAAUCUAAAAUAUGGUAUUAUUAUUAUCCUACUGAUACAGUAUUUUAAGAUAUGAAUUUCCUAGUGGACUAAACAAAUGGGUAUUUUUAUCAAUUCAAGCAUGCACUUCCUAAUAAAGAAUAGGUUUUUUAAUUAAGACUUUCUGAUGGGGUAAUGCUGCUUAAAUCUUUACUCACCACUACCACAAGUGAUGUUAAGACAUUUCCAGCAUUUUAUGGAACAGAUAAGUUGCUAUCUCCUUUUGUUGUUAAAUCUACAAGUGACUAGAUUCAUGUACUUAUUUUGAAAAGAUUAGAUUUAACAAGAGUCACAAAUUUCUUCUUUACUUUUCCCUCAACAGCAAACAUAGAAUCUGCAUCAGUUGAGUCUGAUUCAAGCUUAAAUAUAUACAUCUCUGCAAGCUAUUCUUAAAUGUUUUUUGCAAAAAUAUCUUCUAGUUAUACAGUAACUGAGUAAAGAAUGUGGAAAUAAGAGUAUACGAACUACUUCUCAACCAACGGAAUCUAAAUGUAUCAAGAUAUACCAUUUUAUGCUUUUAAAGGACUUUAUGCUUCAACUGAUAAAAAUUCAUUUAUGAUAUUUAAAGAUAGCAAAACCUAUAACUAUGUAGAUAUUCCUAUUCUAUCAUCAACAGAAACAUAAUUUUAUCCUUCAUUUUCUAAUACAAUACUUAACCCAGUGAUAACUGCUCAGACAGGCAUCCAAAUUGCUGGGCCUACAGAGGCUUAAUUUACAGAUUUCCUCCAAGAUGUUGGUGGUAUAAAAUGGACCACAUUGAGUUUUAGCAAUUUAGCUUCAGAUAGACUUAAUUGGGAUAUAGCUCCUUUCCCUAAUAAAUUUAGGGCAUACCCUUUACAAGGUUACAAACAAUCAAUGAUAGACAUUUAAGGGGCUGGAUUUACAGACCCAACAAUUUAUGAGUUCACGUAAACUUCCGGAACAUAGACCAUUGUAUUAACACUACCACCUAGCGGGAAUAGUUGUUAGGGAAGACCUAAAACUCUCCAAGUUUUGAAUCCUUAUACAGCUUUACAAACUCUAGAUCAAACUUUUGUCACAUUUGAUAGCAUAGAUACAAUUUCAAUUAAUACUAAUGCAGUUGUGAGGCCGUUAUAAUUCUCACUAAAAGUUAGAUAUGCUGACUUAGCAGUAUAAAGUAGUGAAGCAUUUUUAGAUUAUGCCAUCUUAAUAAGAAUAGUGGCCUAGUAAAACCUGACUAUUGCAGCGCAUGAUUAGAAAGAAUGUUUUUAAAAUUAAUUCUCAAUGUCCUUUGGUUCAAACUGCAAUACUUGCUUUGUCUAUACUAAUGGUUUCUAUUUAAAUAAAGAUGAUGAGAAUAUUAUAUUAGUUGGAUAAGCAGAUCCAACUAAUGCAUUCUUUUUAAAUGUAGAUGCUGAUCAAGAUGAUGCACUUAUAGCUAGAAUAUCACCUACUGGUUGGGUAUACUGGUUGAAUCAAGUAAGUUCAAAACAAGGUGUAGACGAUGCUAUUACAGCGAUUACAAUGUCAAAUGGAUUUAUCUUUUGUUUUUUCAACAAUUAUGGCAGUACAGAACCAAAUAGAAUUCAUGCUAUACUUAAGAUAACAUACGAAGAGGGGAAGAUUUAGUGGACUAAGAGAAUUAUUCCAUAUAAUCCUAUUGAUACCAAGAGUUUUGUUGUUGCAUCUAUGAGAUAUAUGACUGUUAAUCCUUAUAAUAGUUCUUAAAUAGUGUCCUCUCUAUCAUUCUAUUGGAAUUCUGAUUCAAUGUACUCAGGAAAUAUAAUGUUCUUCAAUGAUGAAACUAAUUUUAAGUCAGAUUACAAUAUAGUAAUUAAACCUUUAGCAAAAUUAACAGCAUCUAGAAAUACUCCUGGCUAAAUUUAAUUUCAUCCAGAUUCAAAUUUCGCAUACUUAGCUCAUGCUUCGUACACAAUAUCCUCAAGCAGUUAAGAUCUAAUGAUAAUCAAAUAUGAUGUUUCCACAAAAUAAAUCUUAUGGUCUAAUACUUAUAAUGAUGGAAGAUCACUCCCCAAUUGGGAUCUGCUACAGCCUAAUUUAGCUUUUUGUACUAGGACCUCAUUUUUGUAUAUGGUAGCUACUAAUAAUCACGUACAUAUUGUUAAAUUAGAUUAAAAUGGCCAAACAUUGAAAAGACAGUAUCUUUAGAUGACAGCUGCAAACUUGAAUAACAUAGAAAUUGUUGCUAAUGAAGCUAAUGGACAAGUUAUUUUGAUAGGUAUAACUUUGUAGUAUUAUGUUUUUCUUCAACUUGAUUCAGAUUUAGUGCCUAUUGGAUAUACAUUUAGAUCAGAGCCGCAUAAUGGUGCUUAAAUCACAAGAGGAAAUCUUCAAUAAAAAGGCUCUGAUUAUUACUUAAUGGGAAUUAAUAUUGGAGCUUUUGGAACAACUACUCCAACAUCUGAGGUAGCAUUUUGGAAACAUCAUUAUACUUAUUAAAAGAAAUGGUUUUAUGAUUGCCAUAGUUUUCCAGUAGAAACAACUUAUAUAGUACAAAAUUAUGCAGCUGCUAAUACAGUUAUUCCUAGUCUGGCAAUUGUUAUUAGCCCUUAGCAACUAUAUUUAUUCGAUGCUGAUUUUGUUAAAUCUUAUUAGUUGUAAUAAUAUGGGACCGGGCUACUUUACCCUAAUGGUGAUAAAUCACAUACAGGUUAUUUCUAAGAAUCACAAUCCUUGUGUGAAAAUACUGGAAUAUCUCCACCUGCAAUGUAAGCUUUCCCAGCUUUUGAAGUUUUAAUGGGCGAAUAAAAGACUUUUGAUAUCUCCUCAUUCAGUUUUAAAUAAUGCCAGAAAAUGGGAGUUACUUACACUGUUUAUGAUGAGGCUUAAUCUCUUACAAGAACUGCUAAUAAUAACUUUAUAACUAUUAGCUAAAAUUCAUAAUUGAUAGUUGAUGCAAGAACUAGUCCUCCAUACCCAAGUUAGAGAAUAUUGCAAAUAGUCGCAUGCAAUUAAGUUUUCACAACAAAAUGCUCUAUGAACGAAGCAACUCUCGUGAUUUGGCCAUCAGAUAUAGUUGAUGCCCCUAAAACUGAAGGAACUGCUCCUACAUGCUAAGGAUAGCUGGAAUUUCCAAAAAUUCUUGGCUAUCCUGGGUAAUAUUUUUCUCUUACUCAGGCAGAUAUGGAUAAAGAUAAUGGUAAUUUUGUAAUGUGCGGAAGAACCUCUAUAGUUAAGUUCAAAAACAUUUAAUAUCCUAAUACUGCAGAUGGAGGUUUAAUUGUUUUCUCAAGCGUAUUUGGUUAAAUUUACUGGAGCUACAGUGUUUAAAGAAGAAUAAACGCCUAAAUUGCUUUCUUUUCUAGUUGUGUGAUAACAUCAGAUGAUUUCAUAUACACUCUUAUAUAUAGAGCGACCUCCACAGAUAUGUCUCUAGUAAAGUUAAGUUAUGAGAGAGGGAAAAUUAUUUACAGUAAAUUAAUCCCUGGAACAUUUGAUAUUUUAUAGAAUUUACCUAAAGUAUGGAUAGAUAAUGAAAACAAUAAUGGAUAUAUCACAGGAUACAGAUAAGAUAUUGUAACUUAUUCUCUUUACAUUCAAAAAAUUGAUCUUACAAUUGAACCAUAAAUGAUUAAAUGGUACUCUUAUGCUAUUCCUACAGGCACUACUCUUUAUUCAUCUGUUUAAAGUGUUGGAUUCCCAACAGAUUCUAGUUAUUUUUUCGUUUAUGGCUACACGAAUGUAAUGCCCUAAAAUGACUACUAUAAUUACAUCUAGAAGUAUGAUUCUGUAGAGGGAAAAAUAUUGGCCACAGUAAAUCAUCCCCGCUAUUUGACUACAUCUAAUCAGAAGAUAUUUGUUAAUGCUGAUUUUAUCUAUUUCGCUUCAGCUGAAUAUAAAACUAGUAUAUUCUACAAGUAUAUGAGGUAAUACAACCAUAAUCUACAAGUUGUUAAUGGCUAUUAUUUUAUACUGCCAACAACAAACUAGGUAUUAUGGACAUCGUUAAGCUAGAGCUCAGACUCAAUAUUUGAACUUUUUCAUUAUGCUGCUGGAUACUAUUACAUUGCUAAAUAUGAUAAAACAAAUAUCCUUCUUACUAAAUUGCUGUAUUUUCAAACAAAGCUAUAACCUGCUUAUGAUGAAUAUUGGGAACAAGUGAAGCAACCAGAUAUUAUUAACUUCUACGAGGCUAAGGUUUUCAAAUUCAAGGGAGAUUAACCUAGAUAUUUAUAACCACUAGUGAAUUAAAUUAUCCAACUUCCAAUCUCAUCACCACAGACAUAUACCUUUGACUAUCCAAAUGAUUGCUAGUUCAACUUGUUAAUUUUUACUUGGUCAGUGGAUUUUUAUUCUUCUCCUCCUUCAUUUUUGACAUUUACUACUGAUUCAAUUUAGGCUACAUUAAGUAUAAACCCAACAAAUUUAAAUAUUGGAACAUAUACAAUUAGAGUGAUUUUUACCAAUUCAAAGGAUACACUUCAAUAUACUGAAGACUACUUUUAAGUUGAGAUUUACCCUGAAAUACCAUAUCCAGAUAAAUUUAAGUGUUUUGAUUGCCCAUCUAGGCCAAUGACUAUGACAUUUGGAGUUUAAUCUGAUUAUGUAAUUAAUUACAUGGAUAUUGAUUCGAAGGCAGACUAUUAUAUACUUUGUGGGAGUACCAAAACUCUAUAAACAAUAGCUGACACCUAUUCUUAAUCUUUUAUACUACAAUAUACUAGAGGCUAUGCAAUGACUUUUCACAUUACAAUGGAAGCAGGUACAACAAAUAACUUUGCCUAAUAAUGUAAUUAUGGAUUCUAAAACUAAAUUUACACUAUGAUAUAAUCUUUUUCAUAAACCCUUGGUGCUGUUGAUUCUGUUUACAUUACAACACACACAAAUUAUGGUAAAUUUUAGGAUGGGAGAGUUUUUAAAAUGUAAGAUUUAAAUCUUAGAGCAGAUUAAAUGAUAGUUGAUUCAAAUUCAGGUGAUACUUAUCUUAUGGGAAAGUAAACAGGAAUAUUAAUUGCUUUUAAUAGUAUCAAACAUGUAUUUCUAAUGAAAUAUGAUCAAUUCUAUUAAAUUAAGUUUUUCAGAUUUUAUGAAUAUGGUCCAAGUGAAGGUAGAGAAAUUACAAUUGAUUAUUUGAAUUUGGCUAUUUAUAUGAUUCAUACUUAUCUUUACUCACCAUUUAGUAAAAGCUAUUAUGCUGUUGUAAAAGCUGAUUUAGCCGAUGGCAAUUUAGUUUGGGCAAAAACUCUAAGAGAUAAUAGUGGGUAAAUUUAUUAAUAAAUUUCCACGCCAAAUUAAUAAUUAGGAAUCUAAACUAUUGAUAAUUUUAUUUACUCGUGCCUUCAUUAUUAAACUAGUGGAUUGACCACCACUGGUACUGAAUUAUAUUUAUCAAAGCAUGAUUAAGAUACUGGAUUGAUUUCAUCUUAACUAUAAUUUGGAUUUAAUUCAGGAACUGAUGUCUUUGGAUGUACAUUGUAGUAUUCUUAAGCAUCAUCUUAACUUUUAAUGCAAUAUGGAGGAACUGGCCUAACAUACAUAGCUUUUAUAAAUAUAGCUGUUGAUCCAAUGACAGUGAAAUCAUCACUUUUAAAAACAUCAUUUGCAUCAUCUACAAACUAUAAGCAAUAUUUAAUUGAGAGAAACGCAGCAAUGUUCUCUUUUAUUUCAUAUGUUCAAUCUAGUAUUUCUUACAUGACGGUUUUAAGAAUAAAUGAUUUCACCUCACCUGCUUGGGAGGAUCCUUGCAUUAGUGGCUUUAUAUAAUCAGUUGAUACAAGUGUUUAUUCUGGAUAUAAUUUACCUAAUGGCAUUAAUGGUGAUUAAAGUAUUCAUUGGAAGGAUUUAACUCCUUAUACUAGUAGAUUAGUAGAUAGUGCUGUCAUAAAUUUUUAUUUCACCAAAAUGAUGAAUUUUAGAUCAUAUCAUGUUACAGAUACAACAGCUGAUGUGAGAACUAAUUCUGGCUCCUGUUCUAAAUAUUCUAAUCCUUCUUUCCCAUAAAUUUUAGGUAAUAGAGUGGGACCUUAUAUUAAUAUGACUGCUGGUUCAAUACCAGUUGGAAAAUUAACCUAUCAAGUUUCAUUUAACACAUUCGAUUAAUGUUCAUAUGAUUAAAUGACUUAUUCCCUUAAAUUAUCUACUGGAGCGGCACUUCCAAGUUUCAUGGUUCAUAAUCCAGUAACAAAUAUUGUGACUAUUUAACCUAGUUUAAAUUUGUAUAAGGGUUUGUAUACGUUGAGGUAUUAGGCAACUCUUACUGCUUCUCCACUUUCAAUAAAUUACACAGAUGUCUAAGUUGAAAUUUCAGAAAACUAAGCUCCUUUUGCUUUAGAAGAUUUUAAUAAGAGUGUUGUCAUGUUUGCACAUCACACUUACGAUUGGGCUAUAUACUUCGAUUAUGACAGAGAACUAGAUGAUUCUUAAUUUGAGGUAUUUUUUAUGAAUGCAAAUAAUGUGACAAUUACUGUUCCAUGGUUUUAGAUACUUGUUUAGAAUUCAGAUUAAAUUUCAUUUAGUGCUACAAAUCCUCCUUAGCCUGCUAGUGGCAGUUAAACACAGUAUUAUAUCUAAGUCAAUAUUUGGGAUGAAUUAAAUAUUGGGACAAAGCGAAAGUACUUUAUCAGUUUGAUAAUCAAAUAAAAUUAAGCACCUUACUUAACUCAAAUUGUCCCAACUAUCAUUCCAAAGAUUUAUAUAACAUAAAAGUUUGAUUUCAUUUUCCCAUAUAACUAUGUUAUUGACAGAGAAGAGGAUACUAUUUUUUUUACUUGUACUACAUCAACCAAUAAUGGUUUAAGCGCUAGCUGGAUCACAAUAACUAUUGAUCCACUGGGAAAUUUUUCAAUUGCAGGUUAAUCACCCAGAGACAAUUCGUUUGCAGGAAUUUAUACUUUCACUUGUUAACUAAAUGAUUAAUAUGAUGGAUCUCCUAAUAUUUACACUUUCUCGCUAUAAGUUCAACCUAAGCCACAAGUUCAAGUAAAUAAAGUGUAAAAUAAUAUUAGCUUUUUAAUACCAGAAAAUAUAACGAUAAAUUUUGAUGAAUAUUUUUCAGAUUAACUUGGGGAACCUUUCACUAUUAAAUUGCUAAUAAAUGGAACAAUGUAUGGGUCAAUAAGUACUCCAUGGCUCAAUUGGGAUAUUUCAAAUCUAUAGUUAGAUAUUAAGGGAUCAAAAAAUUAGCAUGGAGGUAAUCACUCGAUUUAGUUCUAAUGUGAUGAUUCAAUAACAGUGCCUACAGUUCUAUUAUUCAAAGUCGAAAUUAUCUAAAAUUGGCCUUUAAAUAUUAUUAGCCCGAUUAAAGAUUUAAGCACAUAAGCCAAUUCAGCCUUCAUAAAAUUUAUUAAUGUUUCUAAUGUCUUUAUUGAUCCUGAGGGUAAAAAUUUUACAUACUUUAUUUAAGAGAAAGACUCUUUAAAUAAACAGGUACCUUAUUUCAUCUUUAGAUUUUAUCCAAAUGGUUCUUUUGGUGGAUACACUACUGAUGUAAAUGUUGGAUCUUAUAAUUUAGAAUAUAUUGGUAUAGACAGUGCGAACUAGUAGACUGUGGCUAGUUUCUAAUUUUUUGUUAGACGUAUGAUUUUUAGAAAUUAUUAAUAAUUUUAGCUUGUUAUUAUAAAUGCUAAGCUUGUUGGGAUAUUGACUAUAAUGCUUGCUAAGAGUGUAAACUAGGUUUCUACUUUUAUUUCAAUGAAUGCUUGGAUGAGUGUUUUCCUGGAACCUUCGCUGAUGAUAUAGAUAAAAUGUGCAAAAAAUGCCCGCAAGAAUGUGUGUUAUGUUUCGGAGCUGAUAGCAAAUCUUAAUGUACAAGAUGUAAAUCUGGAUACUAUUUGUUUAAUAAUGGCUGCUGGAAGUCAUGUCCGCCAGGAACUUACGGAGACAAGUCCGAAGGCACAUGUAAAAGUAUUAUUUGUUCUUAACCCAUUAACAAUUAUAGAAUGCCAUUCUUCCUGUUCUAAAUGUUAUGGACCAAGUCAUUCUAAUUGCUAUAGUUGUAAUUAAGUGGAUUAUUAUAAUGAGAAAAAUGAAUUGAAAAUACUGGGCUAUAAUUUGGUUGGCAAUGAUUGCAGGAUUCCACAAUGUUUAGUUAGACAAUAUUUUGAGUGGUUUCCAGUAUUUUUAAAUGAUCAAAUUAGUGGCUUGUGUAAAGAUUGCCAUCCAACCUGUAGGAGAUGUGUUGGUCCGAAUGAAAAUGAUUGCUUACAGUGCAUUUUAGGAUAUGAAUUCGAUCCAAAACUAUUUAUAUGCAUAAAAUGUGAAGAUAUUAUUGGAAUGGAAACUAAUUUAAAUGGUGAAUGUGAGGAUAUGUGUGGAGAUGGAAUCAUAAUAAAUAAACAAUGUGAUGAUGGCAAUAGAAUAUCAGGUGACGGUUGUAAUAAUGAAUGUGAAGUUGAGUUUGGAUAUGAAUGUCUAGUAGCCAACUAGCCAUGUAGAGAGAAUAUUAGACCUGACUAUCGAAUUGUCACUGUUAGCAAAUCUAAUCAAAUUUUCUUCGAAUUUACAGAGGAUGUAUACAUAAAUAAUUAAACUUCAAUAAGUCCCUCUAAUUUGAGAGUGAGUAUAACUAGAAAUCAAAUAGAAUAUAAGUUUUCUUGGAGAAUUGCUGUUGAUAAAAAUAAUAAAAUUAUCCCAAAUUAACCUAUCAAGAGAUUUUCUAUAAUACUUUUUGACAUUAAACAAAGCAUGACAGGAAGAGAAUAAUUAAAUGUGCAAUUUAUAGAUGAAACAUAGAUUUUUGAUCAAGCCGGAAAUUAUCUUCUGAAUGGAUAAUUGAAGACUAUAAAUCCUAAGAUGUUUGUUUAUUUCACUUCGGGUGAGGAUAAACUUGCAAAAGUGAGUGGUUAAGUUGUAAAAGUUUCCUUCGUAUCUGUAUGCAGUUUUAACAUAGCUUUUAAGGUACUUAUGAAUUCUUCAAUGCAGUAUUUAUGGGGGCUUGUACAUGCUUUACAAGUCUUCAAUUUUUUACUUUACAUUAACAUUGAAUUUCCUGAAAAUGUAUAAAUAUUCGCAAGUUAUCUUUCAGUAGCUUCAGGUGAAUUUGAAGAACUUAAUUCAUUUAUACCAGUUAUCUCAGACUACAUAAUCGAAUAAGGUGAUGUAAAUGAACCUUAUGAUUUAUAUAUUCUAGACCAAAAAUUUCUAGAAGAUGAAAUUUCACCUUACUUUAUAAUUGCUUUUGGAUAAAAAUUGACUCUAUGGUGUGUUGGACUAUUGUUUAUUCUACCAGUAGCAAUGAUUUUAAAUAAGAUUUGGAAAAAAGUAUAGUUUUGGGAAGAAGUUGUGUAAGGAUUUUUCUUUAAUGGUCCACUUAGAACAUUUGUUGAAAUGUAUAUUGAGCUUAUUUUAUAAGUACUCAUAAAUACCAAAUUCAUUAAGUUCAGUAAUUUCAGCUAGAUGGUUUCAACUUGUACAGCUUCUGCUUUUGGUUUUAUUUCACUUUUUCUCCCGUUUCUAACAAUGACAAUUAUUUAUCAUAAUAGAAAGAAAACUUCACAUAAUUUUUGGAAUAGCAGUUUUGGCAUGCUCACUGAGGAAGUUAAAAGUCAAUAUAUUCUACAGCUCUACUAUUAUCCAAUAAUGAUGUAUCAACGAUUACUCAUUGCAGCUAUAAUUGUUUAUCUCUCUAGCUAUCCUCUUAUCUAAUGCGUGUUUGUCAUUCUCUUAAACAUAAUUAUGACUGCUUACCUGAUAAUAUAUAAACCAUUUAAGCUUGAAAGCUAAUAAGUCACUAGUGUUGUUGACGAAAUUAUGAUUGGGAUAUGUGUAUGUACUUUCAUCUAUAUUCACGAAGGACAGAUUGAGAUAGAAUAGCUGAAAAGAGCAGGUUGGUUUGUAAUAUUCCUAAUUUUAAUUUCAAUGGGAAAAAAUCUAGCAAUUGUGAUAUACUAUGGAAUCUUAGUUGCUAAAAAUAAAUACUUUAUUAUGUUUAGAAUGGAAGAUGAGGCGGUUGAUUCGCCUUCAUCAAGUAUUGCAUCUGAUGAAAGCUCAAAUUAAUAAAUUGAUACUUAAGUCGUUUAUGAGGAAGUCUUAUAAGGCAAUUUAAUGAAGUGUAAACUGUCUCCAACAAGUCGUAGUUUGACUUCUUAGCAUGACUUUCGCAAGAAUAAUCCAAAAUAUCACGAUAUAUUUUAGAAAUAAUACAAUUCAUUAGCGAAUGGAGUUAAAUCCCCGAGAUUCGGCUAAUCAAUGGAUUUUGAAUUUUGA